UUGAUGUUGUGUUUGACAAACAAAAAGCUGAAAAAACAAAAUCUCAAAACAUGGCGAGUGAUUUGGACGAUUUCGUCAAAAAUGUUGAAAAUCUAAAAUCCACUGUGAGGAAGUCUUUUGCCCGUCUUUAUGCAGCAUUGAAGGCACGGGAACUGAGAACUUUGAGGCAACUUGACGCUAUAUGUAAACAAUGCGAAGAUGACAAAGACUUCAAUAGAAAUUGUGUUCAAAACAUUGAAAUCCACUACUCGAAUGAGUUGACAUUAUUGGAUAAUAUAAAUAAAUUCGGAGUAAUCGAUUUGGAGAAGCUGAAUUUUAAUAGCAAUACUUUUAUACUCGAAGACUAUAUAAGUCCAAAUGAUGAUCAUAUGUAUUCUUACAAAACUAUUGAAGACGUGACUAAGGAUGAGGAUGCAGAACAGUUAGAAGCUAUUGAAGAGGCUGCUUUGAAAGAGGUAACUAGAACCGAUAAUUGUGUAUGUCACGUCAAUAUUCAUAAUCAGGAUGUAUCAAAGAAAUUUAGAGAUCUGAAUCGAAGUCCACCUCAUUUACCAACCUGUGAUCUUAGUGUAAAUUUUAGUGAAAGUAAUGAAGAUGAAAGUCCGGAUAACAUAACAGAGGAGGAUAAGAGUGAUAGUUGUUCCGAGGAAGUUAAAAAAAAUAAUCCAACGGAUGAUUGGCUGAAUUCUAUCAAGAGUCAGAUAGAAACCGAGCCUGCACAAGCUGAUGCUAUGGAGCACAGUACUAUUACAUGCUCUUAGCAACUCUUUUGUGUUGCAUUUAUAGCAGUUUUACCCUAAAUGUACUUAAUAUAGGUUUAAUAAAGUUUUAUAUUUUA